AUGGCGAUGGCGCCCAUAGAUCUUCAUGAUGAGCUUACCAGCCCUGACGCCGAGUCGCUGCGCUCAUUCACAGAGACAUUGCCAGAUGAGUACCACGAAUGGGUCAGUGAGUCUGGAAGAUCCUCACGAAAUGAUCAAUUGCUGGACGAUUUUCCUCAGCCGCCAAAUCGGCUGAAGAAUUUAGACUCGAUUCACGAGGAAGAAGUAUAUCCAACACCCAAACCGUCAAUUAAGAAUAUGCGCCGACAUGCGACAACGAACGACCUUCCUCUACUUCAACAAAUGAACCCUUACGACGGCACCGAGGAAUUCAACCCCGUCAACGAAGACACCGGUUCCUACGAUCUCAUCGCACCAUACGAGGGCGGCGAUGCGCCUCUCCACAAACUCGAGCGACUCGCAGACGUGAUGUUUUCUGCAGAGCAUAUGCUCACAAUUCUGAACAACCCGCGCUAUCUUGCGCGCUUCCGCGAGUUUUUGAUUGAAGAACGUCCACGCUCUAUCUCAACACUUACAUACUACCUCAAUGCAGCCAAGGCGCUCAAAGCAAUUCAAUAUGCCAAUGCGCUUGUCCGUCUAUCGGUCGAUGUGCCUCCACCAGAAGUGCGUACCGACGAAGAAGCAGUCGGUGUCACAGCCAAUCAGGUUUUGGAGCGGCGCGUUCAUGAUGGACUGCUUGCACUUACGGCCGAGGAGCUGCCUGCGUUCGUCACGUCAAGAGGAAUCACAAUCACGAGUAAAAUCGUUGAAGAGCGAGUCCGUGGGACUUUACCAAUGAAGUUCCGUAGUACGUCAAAUGCGUUGGCUGAAGUCUUCUGUCUGACGGAUCCUUCGCGGCCUGACAAUCCUAUUAUUUUCGCAUCUGAGGAGUUCCACAAUACAACACAGUAUGGCAUGGACUAUGUACUAGGUCGUAAUUGUCGCUUUUUACAAGGACCGAAGACGAAUAAGAACAGUGUUCGCCGUCUUCGCGAAGCCAUCCAAGCGGGUCGACACCACUCCGAAAUGUUCCUUAAUUAUCGCCGCGAUGGCUCUCCAUUCAUGAAUCUUCUCCAAUGCGCACCCCUAUGCGACAGCCACGGACGCGUCAAAUAUUUUAUUGGUGCACAGAUCGACGUUUCGGGUCUGGCAAUGGAAGGUGCCUCCAUGGAGUCUCUAAUUGAACUCAAAGCCAAAUACCGCGAUCCAGAUGUCGACGAUGACAGUGUCCCAGAAGUUCCACCAAAAGACGAGAAAGACGAGUUCCAGGAAUUGAGCGAACUGUUAAGUCCCCGGGAAUUGUCCGCUGUGCAAGAGCAUGGUGGUCAUCUGUUCCAGCCUCAGAAAAGUUUACUAUCCCCCAAGCAUCCGAGAUCAUGGUUGCAGCGAGGUGGAUCGCUGGAUAGUGAGAUUGAGGCUAUUCGAUUGCGCGAUAUGAAAUUGCCUUUCUUCCGGAUGUCUCUGGCUGGUGUUUAUGAGAAUUACCUUCUCGUCCGCCCAUACCCUUCUCUCCGAAUUCUAUUCACAUCGCCCUCUCUCCAAAUCCCGGGCAUGCUACAAUCGCCCUUCCUCUCGCGGAUCGGUAGUUCUUCAGCUGUGAAAGAUGACCUGCUUCAGGCAAUGAUGGUUGGUCGUAGUGUGACAGCUAGAAUCAAGUGGGUUACUCGGUCGAACCCAGAGGGUCGGAAUCGUUGGGUUCAUUGUACGCCGCUUUAUGCCAGUAAUGGACAGGUGGGUGUGUGGAUGGUUGUUGUUGUCGAUGAUGAUGACGAGGCCGUUGUCAAUUGGCGAGCUUAG